AUGUUUCGGGGCGUGACAGUUGUGUACUCUGGUGACACGAGGCCAUGCUCACAAGUUAUAGAAGCAUCUCUUGGAGCAACAAUUCUUAUACAUGAGGCGACCUUCGAGGAUGGCCUGGUGGAGGAGGCUAUAGCAAGAAACCACAGCACAAUUAAGGAAGCUACAAAAGUCGGACAUUCUGCUGAUGCAUACCGGGUAAUAUUGACUCACUUCAGCCAGAGAUACCCAAACGUACCUGCACUUGAUGAAGUGAGCAUGCAAAGAACUUGUAUUGAGUUUGACCUAAUGAGUGUAAACCUAGCAGAUUUGCCAGUGCUCCCUAAGGUUCUUCCGUACCUCAAAUUGCUUUUCAGAAAUGUUGGUUAAUUUAAAUUUGAAAGUAACAUAUUGUUGACACGACUUCUUUUGUUAUGGACAAUUUUUAUUUUUUGAAACAACAAUUUUUAUUUUUUUAUAAGGAAAAUACCUCUCUUGAA